UGUUAUUUCUGGCUUCUAUAUAUUCUAAUGGCAAAGAGUUCCAUCGACAGUCUAUGUCAACCAGAAUCACCACCCAUCCCUGAUAACGGAAAGGUUUGGUGCAAUGAUUCAAACAAUCCAAAUUCUAUGUGCAUGUUCGCAUGUGAACCAUAUCAUACAUUGGUUGGUACAAAUAAGAGUGUAUGUGUUGAAACGAUCAACGAGACAAGUUGGACAAAAGCGAACCUUGAAUGCAAACCUGACCACUGUGAACCAGAGAUAAAUUCACUACCGAAUGGAGUGGUCACGUGCUCUCAUGGAAACAAAGUGAGAUCAGUUUGUCAGUUGUCACUACAAAUGCACAUCGCCCGGUACUAG